UUACAUCAUAGUUAGAGCUGCAAGCAGGGAUGACGGGGUCCCCUCGUGCACGUCUGCAGUACCGGCACGAUGCCGCUUUGCACGGCCGUGUAAAUUGGUUGAACGUUGUCACAUAACGUCUCUUUUCCAGAAUGCUCAGUUUGGGGCAGAAUGUCAAGUUUCAACAGCUUACGGCAAAACAAAAAAACGACAAAAUUCCCGGCUCGCCACAUCGAUGCUUAUCAAAGAAAACCCCAAAUGUUUGUAGAAUGAAAAUCAACACGCAAUCAUGAACUUUAUAUCUACGUUUCAACGGCGGGUGAGCCGGAUCUCUGGAAUCUGCGGUAGUCUUCAAUUCAACUGAACCUAGUGUACCUCUGACAUAUUCCCUUUUUUACACCCAUUAGAGCCGUACCUGCUUAGAUGUUUAUACCUAAGCCCACUCUAGUCAUUUAACAUGCAAUGUCCUCAGGUUCUAGGAAGACGUCUGCAGUUAUCUCAUUAAAGGGUUAUCUCUGUUUUCGGCUGUGGAUUAAGGCGGUUGUGGCAUGUGAUUCCAGCCACUCCUCAGUUCUCCGGUGAGCUCUGUAGGAACACUGUCCUCUCUCGCCUCCGCCCUCACUUCUGGCUCUCUGCAGGGUUCUUGUCCACACCAAAACCUCUUGAGGAAUAAUGGGCGCCAACUACUCCAGCCUUGAUGAUAUCUUGGAGGAGGACAUGCAUCACUGGUACACCAAAUUCAUGAAGGAGUCUCCUUCGGGACUCAUAACGCUCUUUGAGCUCAAGACAAUGCUGCAAAUGAACGGUAUGACAGAGGAGGCCAGCAGCUACGUGGACCAAGUGUUUGUCACUUUUGACAUGGAUGGGGACGGCUACAUAGACUUUGUGGAAUACAUUGCAGCAAUAAGCUUGUUACUAAAAGGAGAAAUUAACCAGAAACUGAAGUGGUACUUCAAGCUCUUUGAUCAAGAUGGAAAUGGGAAAAUUGACAAGCAGGAACUGGAGACCAUAUUUAAGGCCAUUCAAGAUAUCACCAGAAAUUACGACGUGCCUCCAGAGGAGAUUGUAACUCUUAUAUAUGAGAAGAUUGACGUCCACGGAGAAGGUGAGCUGACACUGGAGGAGUUCAUCAGCGGAGCCCGGGAUCAUCCCGACAUCAUGGACAUGCUCAGCAAGAUGAUGGAUCUUACCAACGUUCUGGAAAUCAUUGUGAGUGGUCAACGGAAGAACGCCGUGAACUGAAUCCGUGAUCGGCGAGCUGGACCCGGUCGAGAACUCGGUUGUUUUUAGAGAUUUUUUUUUUUUUAGAAACAGCAGAAAGAUGGAAAGAUGUGCUUGAUCGGGAAGCAGCCCGAACUGACUGAGCGGUCCCACGCGGAGAGGAUGGCUCUGAGGGAGGCAGAGAACUUGUUGCUCAUCCCUCUGCUUGUGCUCUCAAAGGUCUUGGACGACGGCCCUCCCGUUUCUGUGAAGUAUGAAAUCGUUUUAAACGGGGGAUGUGUUUGCCUCUGUGGAGAGGCGCCCUUCUGCUUCCAGGUUCCAGUAGACGUUGCAAAUCACGGGGAAUGACUGACUUAAUUAAAAUACUAUUGUAUGGAAAUCUUGGGUUACAGAACUGUCAAGUCACAAACCACCUUUUGUGAUUUUUUGCCGUCUACAGCAUAUGGGUGCAUGUUACAGCACGGGAACACUGUAAGUUCUGAAACACUCGCUUCUCCUUUGUUCUGUGUUAUUGCUUGUGUGAGACCUGCAUGAAAACUAUACUGCUGCUUGUUUAAAAAGUGGGAGAUUUGAGGUCCAAUGUAAUGUUUACUGUAUUUUACAAUAAUUAAGGUUACAAUGUUGCCUUAAAAAUCAAUACUCUUUUGAAAGUGCUGGACACAGAUAGAGGGAUUCUGGUUACACACACAUAUUACAGGCCACUCAUGCACUGAGUUGUAAUUAUUAAUGUAUCAGCAUGUGGUCCAAAGAGAUAGAAAGCCCUCUCCUGUUAAUAAAGAACUGAUUGAUUAAAAUAUAUAGGUUGUAACUAAGGAAGUCCAUCAAAUGGCCAAAUCCACUCUUAUUAACUCAAUUCUCAGUUGAACUGUUGCACAAGCUGUUUUUUGGCCUCUGCUCCAAAAAUGGCAUACCCGUGAUAUAAAGUGUAAUAACUGUAUCACUAACUCUUGUCUAUCUGGAUAUUUUUCUGUGGGGAUAAAGGGGGAACCCCUGUGAGUAUUUUAAUGUGUACAAAUACAAGAACAAGUAUGUUACUGGUGAAGAAAUAAAUCAAUAUAACACAUAAA